GUCGGGGUGGGGGUGGGGGAGAGCAGGAGCAAUGGGGCGUUUAGGGGUGAAUCAGCACGAGGAGGUAGCCCGGGCGGUGCACUCCGCGAAGGGCCAGAGCGCACUCGGCCACAGACCUCUCCCCGCCCAGCGAGCAGCUGGUGAGCGGUAGGUUAGCAUCCAGACGACAAAUUUAUUUAGGCCAAACGCUUAUCAUUAAGGAGCGAGAAGCUUUCUCCAACGUGGUAGUGCCUUGCCAAGGGGUGGUUUCAGAGGAGGAAAGAAGUAUAACUCCGUAGGGUUUUAAACAUUGGAAUAGACACAUUUUAGUUGUUUUUUUCCUUUGGGAGGGGGGCAGCGUUAGAAAGUGCAUUGUCCAAAACAAGCAGAGCCUUUCGCUUUUGCCUGCAAGGCUCCAACAAAACCUGGCCUGGCUCAGUGAUGGAGAUAAGAUGCCGAGAAAAGUCUCGUGCUCCAAUUUACGCCAACUGUUGGGGUGAUAGCGCGAAAAGGAGGCGUCCACCUCCUCAGCACUGGCACUUCUAGGUUUCCCUGAGAACUGGUCCCGCUGCACGCUCUGGGAACCCCCCACCGCGCGCUAGGAGGGCGGCAUUACAUCCUCUGGGGCUACGGGAGGAUUGACCUAGGCGGGAUAAAAUCCCUGUGGGUGGGGCGGCCCGUAGAAACCGGAGGGGUGGGGCUAAUGCUUCCAGGGACUGACUUCAAGAAGGUGACUGCCCUUCCUAAUAGCCCUUUCUCCCCCCACCCCUUUUCGGAUAGAUUGAAGACCAGUUUGGAGGGGCUUCCUGGUCCCAGCUACCAAACAUUUCUUCAACUGCUGCUCUUUCCAGGACUCGCACAUCCACAGCUAAGGUGUGUGAAUUCAGGGUCCUUGCAGCCCGAUUUCAGCCCCGCAGAACUCGGGGUGGUAAAUGGGGUGCUGACUGACUAAUCUUGCAAUUAACCCUCGCGGUUCCCCGCUAACCCGGUGGCUGAGUUCAUUUUGGCACAGAGCCCUUCGAGGUUCUAAUAUGUUGCACGGAGAGGAGGAGUGAUAGGCAAUACACAGAAGGCCGCUCCACCCACUCUACUUUAUAUCCGGGCCGAAAACUCACGAUUGUCCGCAGCUACUCGCCAUGGAAUUUCUAACCAAGAAACAAGUGGGAAUGAGGGAGGAGAACCUGGGUCCCUUAAACCAGUUCAGCAAAAAAACAAAAAAACCCGCCUCCCUUUGGGCCUUGGUGGCAACUAUAAAGGCUCCAAGAUAACAGAAACGGCUUUCCCAAGAGAAAUCCAAUACACAUGCUCGAAGGGUUUCCCCUAUACGUCUCUCCUGCUACCACUAAUUUUUGUCAGGACGCGAAAGAUUGAAAUCUCUCUCCUCUUCCAUUCCCCUUUUACCGAUCACCUUCCUUAUUUCCCAUAGUCCGGGAAUCAUCAAACUCUCCUUACAAAACUGCCAAAACCACAGACAAAAUGAAACAUGAAACAAUAAUGAUGACAUAUAAUUUCCACUGAGUUAAAAAGGUAAUUUCUUCACACCAGUUAUAUUCCCUUUUUGAGCAGAAAAAAAAAUGGCUGAUUUAUAAUCCUGGUUUCCAAAUCAUCAUAUUGGUGACUGGGAGUGGGGGUGGGGGAUUGUCUCCUUUGGGCUUUAACUCCUCUAGGGUCCGAGAGAGCAAGCUUCAAGAGGCUCCGGGCAUCUAGUCAUAGAGAGACCUGGGGCCGAUCUAGAACCUGGAGCUUUUUUUUUUUUUUUAUUGCCUAGCUCUCCCUCAAACCCAGUCGCGGGCGAAUGCCGCUGCUCCCAAACUCCACGCUCCAUUGUCUCAGAGGAUCUUAACACCUUGUCCCAGGGAGAUGGGCGGCUCCUUGGCUCUUCAGGGGAGCCAAAGAGGCGCAGCUGGGAAGCCACCGCCUCUAUGCAGAACAAACAGUUAAAGAUUUUGGGCAGCGCCUUGUGGGGGGAGGAGCCAGGGCCCCAAUCCACAAUUAAAGAUGAACUUUGGGUGAACUAAUUUAUCUGACCAAGGUAAAGUGGAGAAGCUUAUAAAGCCCGCGGCGGGGCUCAAAGCACGCUCUUUCGCAGGCGCAGGUAGAGACACCGCACCAAUGGGUUUCUCCGCCCUGUUGGCGAGCGCGCUGUGCACCUUCGUGCUGCCGCUGCUGCUCUUUCUGGCCGCGGUCAAGCUCUGGAACCUGUACUGUUUGAGCACCCGCGACCGCAGCUGCCCGCUCCCAUUACCCCCAGGGACUAUGGGGCUGCCCUUCUUCGGAGAGACGCUGCAGAUGGUAUUGCAGCGAAGGAAGUUUUUGCAGAUGAAACGUAAAAAGUACGGCUUUAUCUAUAAGACUCAUCUCUUCGGACGACCCACGGUGCGAGUCAUGGGCGCAGAAAACGUGAGGCAGAUACUUCUGGGGGAGCACCGUCUUGUGUCUGUGCACUGGCCCGCCUCCGUCCGGACCAUCCUGGGCUCCGGUUGCCUCUCCAGCCUCCACGAUUCCUUGCACAAGAAGCGCAAAAAGCUGAUCAUGCAGGCUUUCAACCGGGAGGCGUUGCAGUACUAUGUGCCAGUAAUGGCCGAAGAAAUAAGAAAUGCUUUGGAAAGGUGGCUCCAAUGCGGCGACAGCGGCCUCUUGGUCUACCCCGAGGUGAAACGCCUCAUGUUCCGAAUCGCCAUGCGCAUCUUGCUGGGCUGCCAGUUGGACGAUGCAACGGGCGGGGAGAGUGAGAGGGAAUUAGUGGAAGCUUUUGAGGAGAUGAUCCGUAACCUGUUUUCCUUGCCCAUCGAUGUGCCCUUCAGCGGACUUUAUCGGGGCUUGAAGGCGAGGAACCUCAUCCACGCGCGCAUCGAAGAGAACAUUCGUUCCAAACUGAGAGGACAACGGGAACCUGAAGCCGGAGACUGUCGGGUCAAAGAUGCCUUGCAGCUGCUCAUCGAGCACACGCAGGAGAAUGGCGAGAGGCUAAACAUGCAGGAACUAAAGGAGUCUUCAACUGAACUUCUCUUUGGAGGGCAUGAGACUACUGCAAGUGCUGCCACUUCUCUGAUCACUUAUCUAGGACUCCAUCACCACGUGCUUCAGAAAGUGAGGGAAGAGUUAAAAAGUAAGGGUUUACUUUGCAAAAGCAGCCAAGAUGAAAAACUGGACAUUGACAUUUUGGAACAACUUAAGUACAUAGGGUGUGUUAUUAAGGAAACUCUCAGACUGAAUCCUCCUGUGCCAGGGGGCUUUCGUGUUGCUCUCAAGACUUUUGAAUUAAAUGGAUACCAGAUUCCCAAAGGUUGGAACGUUAUCUAUAGUAUCUGUGAUACCCAUGAUGUUGCAGACAUUUUCACCAACAAGGAAGAAUUUAACCCUGACCGAUUUCUGUUGCCUUAUCCUGAGGAUUCUUCCAGAUUCAGUUACAUUCCAUUUGGAGGGGGCCUCCGGAGCUGUGUAGGCAAAGAGUUUGCAAAAAUUCUUCUCAAAAUAUUCAUAGUUGAGUUGGCCAGGCAUUGUGAUUGGCAACUUUUAAAUGGGCCUCCUACUAUGAAAACUAGUCCUACUGUGUACCCAGUGGAUAAUCUCCCUACAAAAUUUAUGCAUUUUAUGGGUGAAAUGUAAUUAGUACAAACUCUACAGAACUUAGGAAUUAUUUGAAGUAUACAUAAAACUUUUUAUGGUGUCCUCUGUUGAUUAAUAUUAUAUUUAAUUUGUAAAUAUAUGUUAUAUAGUUAUUUAUAAUGCUUGUAAAGUGUUUCUUUUUCAUCCUAAAUACCGUGGCUACAUUUUUUAAAGUCCUAAAAUGAUGAAUUUGUAUAAUUCCUAAUUAAGAUAACUUUCUGAAAGUGGCAGGUUUUUAAAAAUAUAUUUAAAAAUCUUAUUGGAUAGUUUAUCAAGUGAAUAUUUGAGAGCUUAUGUUUUGUGUUCAUUGUGUCUUUAUUUCUAAUUGUAUACAUGUUUAUAUUGGUCAUUGAGACAUGUAUUUUCUGUGAAAAAUGUGAUUCCGUGACUGUGUGUGUAUGAGAGAGAAACAGUAAAAAUAAAUAAAUAAAUUGUAUUUUAGUCUAAAGACA